UAACGAAACCCUAAAAUUCACCGGUCCGUCACAAGACAUAAAAGUCGAAUUUCCAAAGGCAAAAAUUAGAACCAAUCCCAUAAGCCUUUCAAUUCACACAAAGAAAACCAAAAAUGGCUGCUCUCUGUUACUCUCUACCCUCUUUAACCCUAAAACCUUCCCCUUUAAACCCCAAACCCUACCCCAAUAUCCCCUUCCUCAGCCACCCAAAACCCAGUCUCCGCCUUCCAAAGAAACCCACCACCACCAUCACCCGCAUGUCACUUAACCCUACUCCAGCCACAGAUCGGUUAAUCUCCGUCGCAGCUUACAGUCUCCCCUUCUUCAACUCCCUUCAAUACGGUCGCUACCUAUUCAUCCAAUACCCUCAAUUGGGUAUCCUAUUUGACCCCAUUUUACCCUUCUUAUCCCUCUAUAAAUCCGUCCCUUACGCCAGCUUCGUCGCUUUCUUUGCUUUGUACCUUGGUGUGGUUCGUAACCCGAGUUUCAGUCAUUACGUUAGGUUCAAUUCGAUGCAGGCUGUGACAUUGGAUGUGUUGCUGGUGGUGCCUUUGUUGCUAACGAGGAUAUUGAAUCCGGGUCGGGUCGGGUUGGGGUUUAAGGUCAUGGUUUGGGGACAUACGGGGGUUUUUGUGUUUAGUUGUUUGUGUUUUGUUUAUGGGGUGGUUUCUAGUAUUUUGGGUCGGACUCCAUAUUUACCUUUCGUUGCUGAUGCUGCUGGUAGGCAAAUUUAAGCAGCCUUUGUAUAAUUUAGUAAUAAUAUUGUUCUUCUAUUUCUUUAA